CAAGCAAAUCAAAUGAAAAAAAAUUCAUUUCAAAACACCGCUCGCAAGAGCUGAAAAAAUCCAUAAUAUUCAAUUGAUUGUUUAUCACAAUAAAUUUAUUUGCUCCAUUAAUUGUGUGAAAUUGACAUUUUCAUAAGAUUUCUGUUGAAUUUUUGUUUCAACUUGAUUCUGUUUUUGGGUGCAAGUUAAAUAAAAACAAAGUUAACCUCAAAAUGGGUCUUUUCGAUUCAUUGAAAAGUAAAGGGAUGAUAUUCACGAGUGCAUUUUGCACGGCCGGUUUCUUGACUGGGUUUUUAAAGGAUCAGAUGCAAGGUGCAAAAUUUAAGAAUGAAAUAAAAGCGACCGAUAAACGAGUCAUAAUUACGGGCACAACGAGUGGAAUUGGCUUGGAAACAGCCCGAGAAUUGGCAAAACGUGAGGCUCAUGUGUAUAUGGCAUGCCGUGAUAUGAAAACAUGUGAAACAGUUCGCGACGAUAUCAUAUUGGAUGCCAAAAAUAGGAAUGUCCAUUGUCUUGAAUGUGAUCUUAGUUCAAUGGAAUCAAUUCGAAACUUUGUCAAAAAAUAUAAAGAGAAAGAGAAUCGAUUAGAUAUUUUGAUAAAUAAUGCUGGCGUAAUGAGAUGUCCACAUUCAUUGACCAAAGAUGGAUUCGAAAUGCAAUUGGGAGUAAAUCACAUGGGACACUUUCUAUUGACGAAUUUAUUACUUGAUCUAAUCAAAAAAUCAUCUCCAAGUCGAAUAAUAAAUGUGUCGAGUUCGGCUCAUCUUAAAGGCGAAAUUAAGACAUCCGAUUUGAAUAGUGAAAAGAGUUACGAUGCCGGUGAUGCAUAUAAUCAAAGCAAAUUGGCGAAUAUAUUGUUUACGCGAGAAUUGGCACGAAAAUUGAGCGGAACCGGUGUGACUGUGAAUGCAGUAAAUCCUGGUUUGGUUGAUACAAAAAUAACACGUCAUAUGGGAGUUUUUAAGAGUUUUUCUGGUGUAAUAUUUAAGCCAUUGACAUGGCCAUUCUUGAAAACAUCCAGAUCAGGUGCUCAAACAACGUUAAUGGUUGCACUAGAUCCAAAAUUUGACUCAAUAUCCGGACUGUACUACAGUAAUUGCGAAAAGGCACAAGUGUCAGAAGCAGCCAAAAAUAAGACUGUUGGCGAAUGGCUAUGGAAAGUAAGUGAAAAAUGGACAAAUUUGGAUGAAAAUAAGAAAUAAACAACUUUUCGAUAAAAUGGAAAUCCGUUAAAUUUAUGAAAUAAAUGUUGAGUAAUAUAUAUAUAUAUAAA